AGAGGAAUCGGUUAAACCGACCUAAGCAAAAAAAUUAAAAGAGGAAAGGAAGGUUCGGGAGAAGGGGGAAGAAGAAAGAAUUCAGACCCAGACGGGUCAUUCUCGACCCGAAUGGAGUGGACGGGUCAACCCAACUUUUUCUUCGUCCUCCGACGGUGGCAUGGCGAAAGAUUCUUGGCGGUGGCUUCCUCUCGUCCUUCCCGACCUCCCUGUGACUCCAGUUUGAAGAGUGGAGCUCUGGAGAAGAAGAAUGGAAGAAGAAGAAGAGAGACUGGGUUGGCUGGCGAGUCUCCGAUUCCAGCAGCAGCGACGCCUCUCACUGGUAUGGAUAGCUUCAUCUCGAUCUCAGGAACCUUUCCCUGUUCCUGGUUUUCGAAGAGAAGCUCGGAGGAGGGAGAAUCGAAGAGAAGAAGUUUUGGGAUUUUCUUGCGAGGGUUUGAUGCUUUCCGGCCACCGGCGAAGAUAAGUGAGGGUGUUACAAUGAAAUUUGCUACUACAGGAUCAUACUCUCUGUUGUCGAAUUAUUAUAUGGAGCUGGUAUGCCAGUCGUGUUGUUCAAGUGUAAAUGGUUCAACACUGACCCAAGUUUACCGAGGAGUACAAAGAUGGAUCAUGGAUUUUUAUCAGUGAAUACAUCCACAAGCUGGUAUGUGAGUGAGCCGUUUAUUCUUACCACCAUGGCAAAACAAGUAUUUUAUCUUGAUGAUCCGAAAGAGGGUGGGGAUUGGAAAGUGGUAAAUGUGAUGUCUCAUGCACCGAAACAUAUGGAGUGCAUCUACGCUUGAAGGGGAUGCAGAAGGAGCAUGUGAUGAAGAAGAGGUGCCAGAACCAUAUCAAGAAGAGUUAAGCAGUUAUAUUCCAGAUACACAGACUAUUCGCAUCAACAAUGACCCCCACUAUGUACACGGGAAUGCGUUCAUUACAAUUCCUGGAUCUCAAGUUCCACAUGUUGACAAUGAGGAGGAUGAAGAUGAGAGCGAAGAUGAAGAGCCGC